GCAGCCAAACACCCCUGCCUGCCUGCCAGCCUUCAUCCCAGAUGCUGCAGAGGGAGCCAGAGCGGGGCAGAGUGGGGUCUUCAGAGGAGUGGAUGGCGGCUGCCGCCUCAGCCAACACUUUUCACGGAGAGCCAGAGUCCAGGCGCUGCUUCCUGCCCUCUACCAUGUCUGAGCCAGACGACGACAAUGAGAGCUGCUGGAAUAACCUGGAGAACUUCCGUGUGAAGCUGAUUUCAGUGAUUGACCCCUCCAGGAUCACCCCUUACCUCCGCCAGUGCAAAGUCAUAAACCACGACGAUGAGGAACAGGUCCUCAAUGACCCCAGCCUGGUGAUCAGGAAAAGGAAAACGGGGGUGCUCCUUGACAUUCUCCAGCGGACAGGUCGGAAGGGCUUUGUGGCAUUUCUUGAGAGCCUGGAGCUCUACUAUCCUCAUCUCUACAAGAAAAUAACGGGCAAUGAACCCACCAGGGUCUUCUCCAUGAUUAUAGACACGGCUGGGGAGACCCGCCUGACAGAGCUGCUGAUGAGCGAGAUCUCCAAGCUCCAGGGCGCCGUCCGGGAGGAGAGGUGGAGAGUCCAGGAGAUGAACGUCCUACUGCACACCAAGGAGGGCGUCAUCAAGGAGCUGCGGGUACGGGACAGCGUCCUCCGCAAGUACCAGGAGAGAGCGCAGAAGGUGAAGGAGGAGCGGGACGGCCUCAGCAAGGAGCUGAAGCGCUGCAAGGAUGAGAACUAUGAGCUGGCCAUGAGCUACGCCCGGCAGAGUGAGGAGAAGAACGUGGCCCUGAUGAAGAACCGGGACCUGCAGCUGGAGAUCGACUGCCUGAAGCACAGCCUGAUGAAGGCGGAGGACGACUGCCGGCUGGAGCGGAAGCACACCCUUAAGCUGAAGCAUGCCAUUGAGCAGCGGCCCAGCCAUGAGGUGGUCUGGGAGAUCCAGCGGGAGAAGGACCUGCUCCUGGCCAAGAACAAGGAGCUGGAGAGCACCCUGCAGGUCACCAAGACAGGGAGCUCCGAGGAAGACGGCAUCUCCAUCCAGGCUCUCGAGGCCGAGCAGGCGCAGCUGCUGGGGGAGCACCAGAAGCUGGUCAAUGCUGUGUAUGACCUACGCCAAACCCUGCGGAGGACGGAGGACUCGCGGGACAAGCUUGUUGAAGAGAAGGACAUGCUGGAGGUGAGGUGUGCGUCCCUGCAGAAGGACACCCAGAUAUACCAGGAUCGUAUCGAGGUCAUCUUGACGCAGAUGGAAGAGGUAGCUUCAGAAAGGGACCAGGCCCUUCUGACUCAAGAGGGAUUCCACAAACAGUUAUCCAAGAGUCUGAUGGAUAAAGAUCUCUACCGGAAGCAGAUCCGGGAGCUUGGCGAAAGGUGUGACGAGUUGCAGCUGCAGCUGUUCCAGAAAGAAGGGCAGUUGCUCAGUGCUGAAGCCAAGCUGAAAAGGUUGCGCCUCGAUCCGUCAGUGUUGACUUCAGAUCUUGAAGAAACCUCAUCCAGAAGCUCCCAAGAACUUACUCCCCAUGGAAAUCCAGAUGAAGAUGUGAAAGGGACUGACAAAAGAGAAUUCUCCGACGAGCAGUUCAGUGCUCUGGGAAAAAUUCCGCUUCUUCAGACCCCAAGGGAAGAUGGCCCACCCGAUGGGGAACUGGCAGAGAAGGGGCGUCGGCGGAUGAAAGACAGUUUUGAGCAUUACCGGAGAAAAAGAGCCCUGAGGAGAGUCCAGAAGGGCAAGUAUCAUGAAGUGGAUUGGGAAAACACGUCGGGCAGCGACAACACAGACACGGAAGGCUCCUGAUGCGGCGUCUCCUACAUGGGGAAAGAAAAGAGAGGAGACAGCUUUCUUCCAGUCAACAAGGGUUCCCUUUCCCAAGGAACACAGGGCACUUCCAAGCAAUUCAUCCUGAUUUUUUUGCAGGGAUAACAUCAGCUAUUUAAUCAGCAUUUAUCCUGAUUUGUUUGUGGGGAGGUUAGAUGACGUUGCAUCAAAGCAAGCUCUAUUCCACACUUGUCAGUGAAUUUUCCCAUCAGUUACCUCACUUCAAAAAGUCAGAUCUUUUGGGGAAGCUGUUUUGUUCUGCAAGAGCUCCAAAUUAGCCUUAAAUACACAACCUGAAUUUCCCGCUAUUAAUUGAAUCCUACCCAAAAAUAAUGACAGUGCGGAAGUGUCCUUGGAUCCACACUGGGUGGCUGCACCACUACCACAGAGGGACUGUGCUUCAAAGGGCUGAUGCAUGCAUGAUGACUUUCAAUAGGGGCUCUCCAACAGGAGCAAUAAUAGUUAUUUAAUAAUUUAAUAAAUAAAAUAAAAUAAAAUUUCGGACCAGUUAAAUCUGUCAUUUCCCUCUGUUGGUGCAUUCUUGUGCUCUAGCCCUUUAAU